UUACAUGUUUAUUAUCUGGUUCAUUCCUAUGCGUUUAGCUAUGGGAACUAGAUUAGUAGAAGAGGAUCUUUGUAAAGGUUUUCACGUUCACUUUCUCAAUUUCUUCUCCAUUUGCUAAUACUCUUUUGCUCUUUACGUGCAGGGACUCUUGAGUAUUUUGAGUGGCUGAUAAGUAGAAGAGAAGCUUUGAAGUUCGAACUCCCUCUCUUUUCCUUCUCUAGCUCUCUUCCCCUUCUGUCUUCACACUUUCUCUCUCUUUACAUCAAUACUUUCAGAGUUCAGUCCUUCACCAGCAACUUGAUUUCAUUCUCUCUCAUACUCUUCCACCAAAACUAGGGUUUCUAUUACAUUCAUCUCGAAUCCCUAAAUUAUGGGUGUUAUCAAACUGGAGCUGCAUCCUUCAAAAAUUGUAAACGGGUUAUCAAUCGACCCGAACCCUAAUUGGAGCUUCAAUGAUCUUUUAUCGGAGUUGAAUUCGUUGGAGUCUAAUCUUUACAAUAAUGCUUCUAAUUCUCCUUUAGUUCCUACAGCAUUCAUUAAAUCAGCAUCUCGAGGAAUUUCUAGGAUUGGGAGAAGAGAGAAGAAUGUGGAAAGUCAGAAGGCGUUUGUGAUGCGAGUGGAUGAUGAUUUGAUGAGUGAUUCCGACGCCGAGGAUGGAAUUGAGGAUAGAAGCUUGGUGCCAGCAACUCGUUUUGAUUGCAAUGAUAUUUUUCUCAGUGAAAGUGAUGAUUCAGAUGGCGAAAAUAUGCAGCGAUUGCAAGUUACUGUCAUGGAUCCAAUUGGAGUGGUAGAAGGUGCAUUCCAUGAGAUAGAACAUGAAUACCAGCUUGGCGUCAAGGAAGAAAUAAGGAACCAACUUGUCACAUUGGAGACACAGUUGGUUGCUGAAAAGGAGAAGUCUACAUCGGCCUACGUUCAAGUUGAGAAAAAUAAUGAUGCUAGACGGCAAAUGGACAGAAAGCUGGACUUGCAUUACCAGCGCAAGAUUGCUGAAGCUCUUGAUAAUCACUUGACAGCUAUUCAAAGGGAUCAUGAACACAGAACUCAAAUGGAAGAAAGAAGAAUAAGAGAUGACGCUGCACUUGAAGAAGCCAAAAGAAAAGAGAAGGCAUUACAAGAAGAAAGAAUUCGCCUACAGAAGGCAAAAGAAGAAGAGGCUAGGCAGGAGGCUGCUAAAAAAGCUGAAGAGGCUGCACAGGAAGCUGAAAGAUUGGCUAAAGAAGCUGCAGAUAAAUUGGUGAAGGAAAAAUCUGGGAAGGAUGCUAUUCAUGCAAAAACAGGCCCAGUUUCGGCUUUACCAAAUGCACCAUCAACUUCAUCUACACCAAAUGAUUCAAAGGCAGUCAAGUCAGCAGGCAACUUAAUUAGGGCUGCAGAAAAUGCUCUGAAGCUUGAGGCAAGAAGGAUUCAGACUUACAAGGAGUUAGAGGAUAGGAACCAAUCAAUCAUCUAUGGUUCUAACAUGGACUUCCGCCCCAAAGAACGGGAAAUCGUUAGGCAAAUAAAUCAAGUAACUUGUUCAAUAAGCAGUGUAAGAUCAAAAGCGAAUAACCUAGUGAAUAUAUUCAACGAUCGUGCUUUUCCUCAAUCUGUUACUGUAGCAAUAUUUGCGAAGAAGGUCAUCUCUUAUUUUGAAACGUCAGAGCAGAAGAAUGGUUCUUAUUUUGCAUGUUGCCAUGUAAUCACUUAUGUUAGUGCACAGGUCCCAGCUGUCAUGGAAUGUCUUCUUGCAGAGUUUCACAGAGCUUGUAUCUACACUGUUCCGAAACAUAUAAUGAGAUCAAAGUCUGCAUUUGGAACAGAAGAUAAUUAUUUCAAAGCCAUAGGCUAUAAGGAAGAAGAUGGGGAGCUAGAGAAAACAGAUAACUAUCUGAAACGGUUAGGAUCUGUGAUGAAACUAUAUGGGGCUCUAGUCCAGACUGAAGCUGAAGGAGUUCAGAAUAUGCAUGGAUUGGAAGAAGGUUGGAGAUGGCUUGCAAGGUUCUUAAAUGCUAUCCCACCCAAUAAGUACACUGCUGUUGCUCUCGAAGCUUUCCUUGGAAUGGCAGGGUUUGCUCUCCACAGAAAAUACAAAUCUCAGUUUAGGAAGAUACUGAGCUCCAUAUAUAAGGAGUUUGUGCAUACACUGAGAUCCCGUGAAGACCCUAGGGUUAGUUCUGUGAUAAGAAUGCUCCAGGUUUACAUAGAAUCACAACAGUUUCUACAAGAGCCAGACGGAUGGCAACUUCAGAGCACUCUUCUAUCUCAUACUUCUGUUCCGAAUGCUGAGUACCAGCAAGAGCAAUAUAACCAUAAUACACCAAGACGUUUUACCUAUCAAAGAUAGUUGAUAACAUAGCUGCUUUAAACUUAUUGGACAGAUGAUGCGUAUACUUAAAAUUUAAUAUCCAGAAGGCAACAUGGUCUGCUCAUGAGCUCAUAAAAGAUAAAAAUCUGCUCUCUGCUGAAUGUGGCUGUAACUUUAUUAGGGUUAUGAGACUCUUCUCAAAAAUCCUACAAUUAAUUGAUUAUGAUGUAAGAUGAACAUAUUGUAGUUGUAGUUUACGUAUGUUUUUGUUCUUAUUGUUGUAUAUACCGAAUCUUUAAACCCCCCCCACCCCCCAAAAAAAAAAAAAAAAAAAAAAAACUGAUUCUUAUGUAGUGCGAUAAGCCAUAGGCUGCCUGGUUUUCAUAAGCAGAAAUUGAGGAUGGAGUUUUGCUGCUAUAAGCAGGACUGCAGGAGACAAGAUUAUGUUGUGCCAAUACCGGUAUCUGAAUGAGGAUAAGCUAGAGGGGUCUGCUAAAAAUUGUUGGUGCCAGAAUAUGAUUUUGAGCUACCUCGUGCAGAAGCAGCGUUGCAUCAGCAGGAGAUUGUAGCUCAAAUAGGUAGAGUUCUUUUUCUUUUUGGUUAUGAAGCAUAUUCUGUAAGAAACUGAUAUCAAUUUAUUAAGGGGAAAAACGAAAAAGGAUUAUAGCUUAAACCUUCGAUAAUCAGAGCUCGCUUUCUGUUGUGU